CGCGGGAGCAGCUGAGCAAGAUGGGUCAAAGCCAAAGUGGGGGACAUGGUCCUGGAGGUGGCAAGAAGGAUGACAAGGACAAGAAGAAGAAGUACGAGCCUCCUGUACCAACUCGAGUGGGGAAAAAGAAGAAGAAAACAAAGGGACCAGAUGCUGCCAGCAAACUGCCACUGGUGACCCCUCACACCCAGUGCCGGUUAAAGUUACUGAAGUUGGAGAGAAUCAAAGACUACCUUCUCAUGGAGGAAGAGUUCAUUCGAAAUCAGGAACAAAUGAAACCUCUAGAAGAGAAACAGGAGGAGGAGAGAUCCAAGGUGGAUGAUCUGAGGGGGACCCCAAUGUCCGUGGGGACCUUGGAGGAGAUCAUAGACGACAACCACGCCAUCGUGUCCACAUCUGUGGGCUCGGAACACUACGUCAGCAUUCUCUCCUUCGUGGACAAGGACCUGCUGGAGCCCGGCUGCUCCGUCCUGCUCAACCACAAGGUGCAUGCCGUGAUCGGGGUGCUGAUGGAUGACACGGACCCCCUGGUCACCGUGAUGAAGGUGGAGAAGGCACCCCAGGAGACCUAUGCCGAUAUUGGGGGCUUGGACAACCAGAUCCAGGAAAUUAAGGAAUCUGUGGAGCUUCCACUCACGCACCCCGAGUACUAUGAAGAGAUGGGCAUCAAGCCCCCUAAGGGGGUGAUUCUCUAUGGCCCACCCGGCACAGGUAAAACCUUACUAGCCAAAGCGGUAGCAAACCAGACGUCGGCCACUUUCCUGCGAGUGGUUGGCUCAGAGCUGAUCCAGAAGUACCUGGGGGAUGGGCCCAAGCUCGUGCGGGAGCUGUUCCGCGUCGCCGAAGAGCAUGCGCCAUCCAUCGUGUUCAUUGACGAGAUUGAUGCCAUCGGGACAAAAAGAUACGACUCCAACUCUGGAGGGGAGCGAGAAAUCCAGAGAACCAUGUUGGAGCUGCUGAACCAGCUGGACGGGUUUGACUCGCGGGGAGACGUGAAAGUCAUCAUGGCCACCAACCGGAUAGAGACUCUGGACCCGGCGCUCAUCAGGCCAGGCCGCAUUGACAGGAAGAUUGAGUUCCCCCUGCCUGACGAGAAGACCAAGAAGCGCAUCUUCCAGAUCCACACGAGCAGGAUGACGCUGGCUGACGACGUCACCCUGGAUGACCUGAUCAUGGCCAAAGAUGACCUCUCGGGGGCCGACAUCAAGGCAAUCUGUACAGAAGCUGGUCUGAUGGCCUUGAGGGAACGGAGGAUGAAAGUGACAAAUGAAGAUUUCAAAAAGUCGAAAGAAAAUGUUCUUUAUAAAAAGCAGGAAGGCACCCCAGAGGGGCUGUAUCUCUAGUGAACCAGAAUGGCCUCGAGCAGACAGGCUGAUUCUCCCGCCUGGGGGCGGGGGUGGUGGGCGGGGACUGGGAGGUUGUCCAGGGGACUCCGUUAAUUCUCUUGGUCUGUUAGUGAAACUCUCCAUGUACCUUCC